GACAGCGGGAGAAACAGAGAGAGAGACAGCGGGAGAAACAGAGAGAGUGAGAGGAAGACACCAUAAGGUUGAAUGAAGCAAUACGAGCAGGAGGAGAUCAGGAGUAAACCACUGAGAGACAGAUCUCAGAUCCAGAAGAGCGUCUGUAUCUCGAGCAGGACGUCGGAGAGGUUUAACAACUAAAACAAUAAACAGGAGGAACACGUGAGAAACAGACAUUUGGACAACUUCUCUGAACUGGAGGGCUUUUAAUAACAUUAUUCCGAGCGCCUGCGACGCGGAGGAAACAAAACCAGCGAACACACACCAUCAACAACCAUGCUGAGGGUGUGGGACGUGAUGGUGACCCUGGUCACGGUGUCCCUGACCUGCCGCAGCGCGCUCGGCGGCUACGGGAUGAGCAUGUUCUCGGCGCAGACGUCCCCCCCGGACCCGUGCUACGACGAGACCGGGACCCCCCGGCGCUGCAUCCCGGACUUCGUCAACUCGGCGUUCGGGAAGGAGGUGCGCGUGUCCAGCACGUGCGGCGUCAAGGCGCCCGGGCGGUACUGCGUGGUCUCGGAGAAGGGCGACGAGAAGAUCCGGAGCUGCCACACGUGCGACGCCUCGGACCCCAGAAAGUACCACCCGCCGGCGUACCUGACUGACCUCAACAACCCCCACAACCUCACCUGCUGGCAGUCCGACAACUUCCUGCAGCACCCGCAGAACGUCACCAUGACCCUGUCUCUGGGGAAAAAGUUCGAGGUGACCUACGUGAGCCUGCAGUUCUGCUCCCCUCGACCCGAGUCCAUGGCCAUUUUAAAAUCGAUGGACUACGGAAAGUCGUGGGUGCCCUUUCAGUUCUACUCGACCCAGUGCAGGAAGACGUACAACAAGCCCAACAGGGCGGCCAUCACCAAGCAGAACGAGCAGGAGGCCGUGUGCACGGACUCCCACACCGACAUGCACCCGCUGUCCGGGGGGCUGAUCGCCUUCAGCACCCUGGACGGGAGGCCCUCGGCGCACGACUUCGACAACUCCCCCGUGCUCCAGGACUGGGUCACGGCCACCGACAUCAGGGUCACGUUCAGCAGGUUGCACACAUUCGGGGACGAGAACGAGGACGACUCGGAGCUGGCCAGGGACUCGUACUUUUACGCGGUGUCCGACCUGCAGGUGGGGGGCAGGUGCAAGUGCAACGGGCAUGCCUCGCGCUGCGUGAAGGACCGGGACGGGGGUCUGGUGUGCGAGUGCAAGCACAACACGGCGGGGCCUGAGUGCGACAGGUGCAAGCCCUUCCACUACGACCGGCCGUGGCAGAGGGCGACCGCCAGGGAGUCCAACGAGUGUGUUGCGUGCAACUGCAACCUGCAUGCCCGGCGAUGCCGGUUCAACAUGGAGCUGUACAAGCUGUCGGGGAGGAAGAGCGGAGGCGUCUGCCUCAACUGCCGCCACAACACGGCCGGGCGGCACUGCCACUACUGCAAGGAGGGCUACUACCGGGACCUGGCCAAGCCCAUCUCCCACCGCAAGGCCUGCAAAGCAUGUGAUUGCCAUCCCGUGGGCGCCGCUGGCAAAACCUGUAACCAAACCACGGGCCAGUGUCCCUGUAAGGACGGGGUGACGGGUAUCACGUGCAACCGCUGCGCUAAAGGCUUCCAGCAGAGCCGCUCGCCCAUUGCCCCCUGCAUAAAGAUUCCUGUCGCACCUCCCACGACGACGGCCAGCAGCACGCAGGAGCCCUCCGACUGUGACUCCUACUGCAAGGCGUCUAAAGGCAAACUGAAGAUCAACAUGAAGAAAUACUGCAAGAAGGAUUAUGCCGUCCAGGUGCACAUCCUGAAGGCGGACAAAGCGGGCGAGUGGUGGAAGUUCACCGUCAACAUCAUCUCCGUCUACAAGCAGGGCGAGAGCCGCAUCCGCCGCGGCGACCAGACCCUGUGGGUGCGGGCCAAGGACGUGGCCUGCAAGUGUCCAAAGAUCAAGCCGGGCAAGAAGUACCUGCUGCUGGGCAACGACGAGGACUCCCCCGGGCAGGGGGGCGUGGUGGCGGACAAGGGCAGCCUGGUCAUCCAGUGGCGGGACACGUGGGCGCGCCGGCUCAGGAAGUUCCAGCAGCGCGAAAAGAAAGGCAAAUGCAAGAAGCCAUGAGGAGGGAGCGGGAGGGGAGUGGGGGGGGUUGGGGAGGGGGGCUGGGGGAACACAAUGCAGGGUGGGAGGAGACGGAGCCGGGGGGGGGGCGGCCUGUAAUUGGUCGCAUCGAUUGGGUUGGGUUGACGAGAGAAUGCAAAAAAAGGAGAAAAAUAAAUACAAAUAAAGAGAGAGACGCGGGGAGGCAUACGGACUCAAACAGACUGUAUAUGUUGCUGCUUUUUCGUGUCGAAGCAUGAAGAGAAUUAUUUGGGAUGGUUUGUUUUUACUAGUGAACUUGUUUUUGUGUUGAAGGAUUUCACCUUGCAGAUUUCACUUUUUUUUUUCUCUCUAUUGUUUAUUUUGAGAUUUGUCUGUUGUGGAUUUGCCGAAUUUGCACCUAUUAACAGUAUAUAGAGUUCAUUGUGUUUAUUUUCUUUAUAUCAGUAUGAAAUCGUUAUUUUUUUAUGUUUGAAUUGAACGAACGUUUUCUGCUGGUGCAAACGGGACCCUGACUAAGACACAUUCAGCCCAACAGUAUUUUCCCCGCAUGGAUUCCCUCUUUCCGAACUAAACAAAGCAGGCCCCUCCACGAUCUAUAUAGCAUCAGGAAUACUAUUUAGUAUUCCUAAGAAAUAGGAAACAAAAAACGAUUAAAAAAAAAGAAGAAAGUAAGUAAUGUGGAUUUCUCCAUUAAAAAGUGCCAUAAAUAUUAUUUUGUAUGCCUUUGAAAAAGCAGAACUCUGUAGCGUCCAGCGAGCUGCUGACUGUUUGUCUCUGCUGCAGGUAGAACCCCAGAUGUUAUAUAACAUUACUUUUUGUUUUUCAGGACAGGUGGGUUUCAGGUCUGGUUUUGGACUGGGCAAAAGAGAGAGAGAUCAGACACCAUUUAUUGAGGAGAGGACUGCAGGAUAGCCAUUUAAAUCAGUUAAUACUCUGUACUCAAUAGCUAUUCAUUUGUACGUAAAGCCCUCUAAAUUAGGAUAUAAUUUCCAGUUAACCCACUAGUGCUGUGGUCCUCCAUUUUAUUGCUGGUUCUGUUUCGUUUUUUGGGACCCAACCUCUGAUUUUAAAACUAGAGAAUUUUAGAGAAUUUUAGCUUUGAUUGUAGUUGAAAGUCAAGAUCUAUAAGAAUUUUGUCCAUUCGAUUUUUUGUGAAUAAUCCCAGGUACAGAAAAAAGGUGGGCCUCACAAAAAUAAAGAAUAAUGUAUUCAUAAUCUAUGUAUCCAUCAUGUAAUAAUAUUUUUAUUUGUAUUUAAUUCAUAGAAGUGCCAUACACGUUGUUUCUUAAAUUAAAAAAUAAAAAGGCAAAACAACUACAGUAAGAUGGCUCAUAAUAUACCACAAACACGAAAGUGGUUAUUUUUUCAUCAAGUUGCAGUAAACAUCAACAGAGAUGUAAAAAAAUAACAAUGGUACAAUGGUAGUUACAUACAAGUAAUUUAUAUAUUUUUAUUAUACUUUUUUUUCAUAAUGUUCAAUGCCACAUACCAAUGCAAUUCCAUAACUGGGAACGUUCCAUUUAAUCUGAAUAGUGAGUUGGAUGAGUUUAGUAUUUUAAAUGGGAGGGAAAGGCUAUUGCUGUUUUUUUACUACAUCCUGAUACAGAGGGCAGUGUGCAAAAUAGUGAAUAUUCCUACCUUUACGCAAACUGCAGUAUGUUUAACUUUUCUCAAUCACAAAACAAACUUUGAGGCUUUCAGAUUUCACUUUACAUGUUUACUCCAGUUUCAUAGCGUCCCUUGCCAUAAUCCGAGAUAGUAACGAGAAAAUCCUGUCCCUUUCAUUCGUUAUUUGUGUGAAUACGAUGCAUGAAACUGUAAAUGCAGGCAUGCAAGGCCUCUGAGUCUCCUAUUGUGCUGUCAGCUUGAUUUUCAUUUAAAUGCUUAUCUAGGUGAGGGAGUGCAAAACUCCUAAGACGAUACUGCUGCUUAAUUCAAGCCACAUUACUUGUAUAUUGCCAAACAUUUUAGUCCGCAACUCCCGUCGUCAAAAUUACUUUGUUGAUUUAUUUUUCCAAGUCUAGAGUUUAUCUGAUAACGAAUGAUAUGAGUGUACCUUUAAUUUUAAAAAAGUGCUAGCCUUUUUUACUUUGGGUCGGGGGUUUUACAUUUACAUUUUAAAAGUGAAGCUAAAGUAUUUGUUGGUUGACAAUUGUAGCUGAAGUAUUCUUCACGCUACAAUGCCAUGCAAUUACAAUUGUGUUAAAGCCAAUGGUUUCAAAGAGGAUUUUACCCCAAUUUUCUUGCAUAAAAAGAAAAAUGUAGUGGGUGAUAAAAUAUUGUAGUUUAUAAAAUGAUAAAAACCCUUGUCAUUCUGUGAUUUACUUCAGAAUGAAACCAGGUGCGUCUUGUUAUAUUUUCAAAGUGCACACUUAGAAUAAAUAGAAUAAAUCUGAGAUUUUUUUGUUUUUAAUUGACCAAUUCUAAAAAAAUUGGGCCAUUCAACAUUAAUGAAUUUGCUGGUAUUGUCUGGUAAACUCUAUGAUAUCCAUACUUUGUUACUAUUUACCAACAUCAAUUUUAUAUGGAAAUAUAAAGAAUAAAUGUUUAGGCACAUGGUAAUUUGUAAUCCAAUCUCUUUUUGUUCGUCUCUGUAGGUGUACAUUUAGAUCGAUGUCAAGGACAAGUUUAAAACUCCACUCUUCAAAGCAUACUUUGAACUGCACCUCUUUAGCUCUCACAAUUGCAAUUACUGUUUAUGAUGUGUACUAAUAUAUUAUGGUUAUUAUUAUAUAUGAAUAUAUUUAAUGACACAAGACAUUGUGGAAUUUGUUAUGUCUUUUUUUAACUUUCUUUUGUGAUAAUUAUUUUUUUUACUCAUUUGUGUUGUUUAGAUAGUUGCCGUACAAGAAGGAUAUAAUCACUACUGAACACACCAACCUGGUAGAACUAAAUUCAAACUUUCUGUUGAAAUAAACUCUUAUGUUGAAAUA